UAUAUAAGGGAAUUCAGCCACACAAAACACUGUAACAAUGGAAAGAGAGUUAGUUGAAGAUAUUGUGAUUGUGGGGGCUGGAAUUGCUGGCCUCACAACAUCCUUAGGACUUCAGAGGUUGGGUAUCCCAAGUUUGGUGUUGGAAUCCUCGGACACUUUGAGGGUCACUGGCUUUGCUUUGUCCAUAUGGCAAAAUGCUUGGAAGGCUUUGGAUGCUGUCGGUGUUGGAGACAUCCUCCGCCGCCAACAUCUUCAGCUCAAUGGAAUUGUCACCACUUCAUUGGUUACAGGUCAACAAACAGCAGCCAUGCCUUUCAGAGAAACAAGAAAUCGGAAAGAUAUUGAAAUUCGUUGUGUUAAAAGGAAGUCAUUGUUGGAAGCCCUUGUUAAUGAGCUUCCAAGAGGCACCAUCAGAUAUUCGUCAAAAGUUGUUGGUAUUGAGGAAUCUGGCUUCUAUAAGAUAAUCCAUCUAGCUGAUGGGACAACCAUAAAAGCCAAGGUGUUGAUUGGGUGUGAUGGAGUGAACUCCUUGGUGGCAAAGUGGCUAGGCUUCAAGGAGGCCUCUUUUACUGGGAGAUAUUCAAUCAGGGGUUUUGCAGAGUUCAAGACCAACCAUGGGUUUGAGCCCAGGUUCAUGCGGUUUUCUGGCAAAGGUAUUCGAGCUGGUGCUGUUCCUUGUAAUGAAAAGGCGGUCUACUGGUUUUUCACUUGGAUACCCACCAGCCAAGAGAAAGAGCUAGAAGAGAACCCUGCUAAACUGAAACAAUACGUGUUAGAAAAGCUUGAGAACAUGCCAAGUGAUGUUAGAGAUUUCAUAGAAAAAACGGAAGUAGAUAGUUUUUUAUCAUCUCCAUUGCGAUAUAGACAUCCCUGGGAUCUGAUGUUGGGGAACAUUUCUAAGGGCAAUGCUUGUGUUGGUGGAGAUGCUUUCCAUCCCAUGACUCCUGAUCUUGGGCAGGGAGCAUGUUGUGCUUUGGAGGAUGGGAUUGUUUUGGCCAGAUGCUUAGCGGAGGCCUUUUCCGAAGAACCAGGAAGAGGUGCCAAAGAGAAAGACGCAGGGGUGCAUUAUAAAAAGAUUGAGGAAAGCUUGAAAAAGUAUGCAAAGGAGAGAAGAUGGAGAAGCAUUGAUGUCACUGCCACGGCUUAUAUGGUGGGUUCUAUUCAGCAGGCUGAGUCCAAAUUGGUUACUUUUUUGAGGGAAAACAUCUUGGCCACAUUCUUAGUUAGGCAAUAUUUCAAUAAGUCAAGUUAUGAUUGUGGAAAAAUAUAUAGCUCCUAGCGACGCAAUUACCUUGUAAAAUGAUUGGUAGCAGGGAACCUAAUAGAUGAGUAACUUUUUUAUAAAUAUAAAAAGUUUAUUUUCUUUAAUCA